ACGUAUUCUAUCCUUUGCUGUGGAUGCGUGGAUGGCUCAAGGGGUAGCGCCCAUGCCAUGGGCGUGGUCUCCCAGGCCUUGCAGAAAGGCCUCCCAAACGUAGCGGCCCUCAGCUUCGGCUGCCGAAGCUGGGAGCUUGGGCCUAAAUGUGGCUGAUUCUCUUCUGGCUGCCAGUGGUUUGGGCAGAUCUACCGGUGCAUUGUUUACAUCAUGAGAUCCUGGGACGAUGAAACUUCAUGCUGAGCCCACCCAGUCCUGAACGAUCCUCCUGCGGCCAUUUGAGGCCCGACUCGGUGGAUUUCCAGCCACGGAGAGAUGAUGUGCAGGUGGGCAAACAUCUGACCAUCUCCCUGAUGGAUCCCAAUGUGGCGGAAGAUGAACAUCUUCAGCGAGGGACAUGGACCAUGGUCUAUGAUGAGGGCUUUGAAGUCGAGAUUAACAACCUGAACUUCUUUGCCUUCUCCAACUUUAGCUUUGAACUUGCACAAGGAGGAAGCACCAAGCACAAUAUCUCACACUGCGAUCAAACCAUGGUCGGCUGGUAUCACAACACGGAUCGAACAGAGUUCGGCUGCUACUACGGCAGCAAGGUGAUGACACAGGAACCGCCCGCUGAGCAAGCCGCCGCUGUGCGCCCCGUCCAUUUGGGAAAGAAGCCAAAGACCUUGCUGUAUCAGACAAAGCUGUCGCAUCAUCAUCAGCGAAAGGUCAUUGACAAGCUCUCUGCCAAGAUCGGCAACGAGUCCCUGGGAUGGAAGGCCAAGACCAUGGAGAAGUGGAACGGCCUCUCCAUGCUGCAGGUGAACUCCUAUGCUGGCAUCAAGCGUUCUCGUCGUAGCACAGCGAUGUUGAGACAACAUGCUGCGAAGCUCAAGACACUCUCAGGGAGGGUGAAGCGAAGGAGUUUCUUGCAGCAGACCAGUGUCCUGCAGCUCUCGAAGCCAUUGCCGGGCUCCUGGGAUUGGACCAAUGUGAGUGGGCGCAACUUUGUUGAGCCUGUUAUGGACCAAUCUGAAUGUGGAAGUUGCUAUGUUGCUGCUGCGGUGCGUCUUUGGGCUGCGAAAGAUGGGCUAGUUGGCCUCAAGGAGCUCCAAGGCAAGCGCUACCGGGCCGACAAUCAUCGCUAUGUGGGCUCCUGGUAUGGAGAGCAUGGCGACAAGGUCGAGGAGAUCAAGGCGGAGUUGUACCACAAUGGGCCUUUGAUCCUGGGCCUGGAACCUACGGAGGACUUCAUGUGGUACUCUGAGGGCAUCUAUCGUUCUCCCAGCUCGAGUGAUCUGAUGCAUUCGACCAGCAGCUUCGAAUGGGAGCGCGUGGACCAUGCGGUCUUGCUGGUGGGCUACGGAGAGGAGAAUGGAAGGAAGUAUUGGAAGCUUCAGAACAGCUGGGGUGAGGACUGGGGUGAAAGAGGUUUCUUCCGGAUGGUGAUGGGCGAGAAUGACUCAGGCAUUGAGUCGAUUCCAGAGGCAGCAGAUGUUGUGCAGGAUGAGCAGGACGGUCGGCAAGUUCAGAGCUUCUUCCAGCAACUCCAAGCACCGACGAAGAGAGCUUCGACGGACGAGCUCCAGUUGACGGAGAGGAUCGAACAUUUGCUCCAGAGCAAAUUGAAAGUGAAGGCUUGAACGCCUGACAUGAAGACGACCGCAAGAAAGAGCCAUUAGUCUCGUUUCACCCUGCAAGGGUUGCUCUUAACGCAUCUGCAUUGCAUCUUGAUGUUUCUUGGACAUUGUUGGAUACACAAAGCCAGAGACAAACAAUACAUGUUUGACAAGAGCAGACCCACUGCGCAAGC